AGCUACAGUACAGUCACAAUGUUGCUUGCACCUGUGUUAUUUUUGUUUGCUUCUUCCAUGACGAUUGUCUCAGGGGCAGAUUGGUGCUACCAGUCCCAAGUUACAUGUAGUCACGCCUGCACAGGUCCAGCGGUAUGGGAAGUGGUUUCACAGCACUGCAAUGGCAGACGUCAGUCUCCAGUUAACAUUGUUACAAGGAGAACCAAACCAGAUGAACGUCUCACUCCUUUUGAGUUCAUUGGCUAUCAAGAGGCUUUUCAUGGACGCCUCCUAAACACCGGCCACACAGUUCAACUGGAUUUGCCCUCUGGUAUAAGGAUCGAAGGAGGAAAUUUGGCCGAACCAUACAAGGCACUUCAGCUUCACCUGCACUGGGGCGAAAAUGGAGGACUGGGGUCAGAACACACCCUUGAUGGAGAACAGUUUCCAAUGGAGAUGCAUAUUGUACACAUAAAAGAAGACUACGACUCUUUGUCCCAGGCUGUAAGAGACCGCACAGGCGUGGCUGUUCUUGGAUUUUUCUUUAAGGAGUCCAAGUCUGCAAAUAAGAAAUUUGAUCCACUUCUUAAUGCCCUGAAAUACAUCACACGACCCACCAACAGCACGAUACUGAAGGGUGUGUCCCUGGAAAUGUUGAUUCCUCCCCAGAAGAAUAUGAACAAGUACUUUCGCUAUGACGGCUCCCUCACUACACCCAACUGUGCUGAAGCUGUCGUCUGGAGCUUGUUUGAAGACACCAUUCCUCUUAGCAGGAAGCAGCUCACUGCAUUCUCAAAGCUGAAGUAUUCUGAUGGAAAGCAGAUGGUAAAAACCUUCAGACCAGUGCAGCCCUUGAAUGGACGGGAGGUAUAUUACUCCGGAGGCCAUGUUGCUCUGGUUAACACUGUGCUAGUCAUCAUGUCAGUGCUGGUAUCCAGUGCACUCUCCUUCCCUGCUUCUGUUCAGUUAACUCAACCUCUAUGA